GGGCGAAUGCUAAACCCGUGUAGAACAAAAAUGGUGUAGGGUUUAUCUUCUCUCGCUUUAAACGCCCACCAUCUUCUCUAUCUCUCUCUCCAGGUACGCUUCGAGCUCGUUUUACUAUUUUUAGUCUCCUUUGAAUCCAAACCCAUUUGAAGUAAUACAAUAAAGGAGCCGACUUUUUCUCAAAAUUGUCAAAUUUCAAAACUUUUGAUUCGAGUUCGUGACCAUGGCGAGAGGCGUAGCUGGAGUUUUGCGUAGAGCCUAUAGUUCAAGAGUUAGGGUUCUAUUAUCGACACGAAAUUUACAUUCUUUUAGAGAAACUGAAUCUAGAUCUCUUUGUAAUUCUGAUUUUGAUGUGCCCACGAACCGGUUUUGUUCGUGUAAUCGGGUUCGGAUUCAGCUUCCAUGGAAUGAUUACAGAUUUGGGUGCUUUGAGAUUGGUAAAGUUAGGACCUUUUCGUCUACUGUGGAUAAUAACGGCGAAAAUGAUGAUGUUGAAGAAAGUGCUGGUUCUGAGAGUGAUGAUUAUGAUGAGGAAGGUGUGAUUAAUGAACUUGGUGAUGUAGAUGAAAGCUUGUUGAAUGAUUCAGUGGUUGCUAAGACGGAUGAGAUAGGUAGCGAGGCUGCUCGUGCUUUGAACGCUCGGUAUAAUGAUCCUGUGGAGUUAUACAGAGAGCUUAGGGAAAGUGAAGUGCGUUCUAAGAUUCAGCGUAGUGAAUGGGAUAGUUUACAUGAGAUUUUCGGGUAUUUUGCACAGUCGGGAUGGGCGGCUAAUCAGGCUCUUGCAAUCUAUAUUGGGAAAUCGUUUUUCCCUACUGCUGUUAGCAAGUUCCGGGACUUCUUCCUUGAGAAAUGUAGAAUUGAGGUUGUUCAGGAUCUUCUUCGUGUUGGACCGACAGAUGAAGCUGUUAAGUUUUUGUUCCCUGUGUUUGUUGAAUUCUGUAUUGAAGAGUUUCCUGAUGAGAUCAAACGUUUUCAGAGUAUUGUUGAUACUGCAGACCUCACGAAGCCUGCAACUUGGUUUCCUUUUGCUCGUGCUAUGAAGCGUAAAAUCGUUUACCAUUGUGGACCGACUAACAGUGGCAAAACGUACAAUGCUUUGCAGCGGUUUAUGGAAGCUAAGAAUGGAUUGUAUUGCAGCCCACUUAGGUUAUUAGCCAUGGAAGUUUUUGAUAAAGUAAAUGCUCUAGGGAUUUACUGUAGUCUCUUGACUGGACAAGAGAAGAAACAUGUUCCGUUCGCCAAUCAUGUAUCUUGUACGGUUGAAAUGGUGUCUACAGAUGAGUUAUAUGAAGUGGCUGUGAUCGAUGAAAUACAAAUGAUGGCAGAUCCUAGUAGAGGUCAUGCUUGGACAAAAGCUUUGCUUGGAUUAAAAGCUGAUGAGAUUCAUUUGUGUGGAGACCCGAGUGUUUUGGAUAUUGUGCGUAAGAUGUGUGCUGAUACAGGGGACGAGUUAGUUGAAGAGCAUUACGAGAGGUUCAAACCGUUAGUCGUAGAAGCGAAGACCUUAUUAGGAGAUCUUAAAAAUGUUAAGUCUGGGGAUUGCGUUGUUGCAUUCUCUAGAAGAGAGAUAUUUGAAGUUAAAAUGGCUAUCGAGAAACAUACAAAUCAUCGAUGUUGUGUUAUUUACGGUGCAUUGCCGCCUGAGACAAGGAGACAGCAAGCUAAUCUGUUUAAUGAUCAAGAAAACGAGUAUGAUGUUUUGGUUGCAAGCGAUGCUGUUGGAAUGGGAUUGAAUCUUAACAUAAGACGGGUUGUGUUUUACAGUUUGAACAAGUACAACGGCGAUAAGAUUGUUCCAGUUGCAGCGUCACAGGUAAAACAGAUUGCCGGGAGAGCUGGAAGGAGAGGAAGCCGUUACCCAGAUGGACUUACAACGACAUUGCACUUAGAAGAUCUAAACUAUCUAAUAGAGUGUUUGCAACAACCGUUUGAUGAAGUUACAAAAGUAGGGCUUUUCCCUUUCUUUGAACAGAUUGAGCUUUUCGCUGCACAAGUUCCCGAUAUGGCCUUUUCAAAACUCUUAGAUCAUUUUGGAAAACACUGCAGACUCGACGGUUCUUACUUCUUGUGCCGUCAUGAUCAUGUGAAGAAAGUAGCAAACAUGUUGGAGAAAGUACAGGGACUGUCUCUAGAAGACCGGUUUAACUUCUGUUUUGCACCGGUCAAUAUCAGGAAUCCGAAAGCAAUGUACCAGUUGUAUCGAUUUGCUUCAACAUAUAGCCAAGAUACGCCGGUUAAUAUAGCAAUGGGGGUACCAAAGAGUUCUGCUAAGAACGAUACCGAGCUGUUGGAUUUGGAAAGUAGACACCAAAUAUUGUCUAUGUAUCUUUGGUUAUCUAACCAAUUUGAAGAGAAGAAUUUCCCAUUUGUGGAGAGGGUUGAAGCAAUGGCGACAAAUGUUGCAGAGUUGUUAGGUGAAUCGUUGAGUAAAGCUUCUUGGAAGAUGGAGUCAAAAGAAGAGAAAGUGAAAGGUCAAAAGAAGGAAGAUAGAGGAUAUGAAAGACCAGCUUCAUUAAUCAAGUUAGUUAAUAAGCGAAAAGAAGAGAAUUUGGUGUGAAGAAUAAUAAUCAUAAUAAAGUAGCUUCAUAGUGGUUUUUGCAGAGACAAAUAAUGGUUAAUUAGUUAUUAUUGUUAAGCUAAAGUUUUUAAUGGAUUCUUCAAUUUUGAUUAGACUGAAGAUUUUUAGUUGUCUUUUA